GGCCUCGUCUGCCGCUGCCCAGGAUGGGAGACGGAUUGCCGGAGCCGGCCCGAGCUGCCAAGCCUUCCCCCGCCGUGGCCGCCUGCUCCGAGGCAGAAGCGAUCGAGGUCUUGGAGAGCGCGGAGGAGGGCUUUCCCGGCGCUGCAGAGGACAACCGUAGAGGGGGAAGGAACCAAGGUUCAUCUUCUACUCCAACUGGGGGUCUGCAGCCACAGUUGCCAAGUCAUCAGCCCCCUGCAGAGCAGCCUUUCCUGACCAGAACACAGGGCGACCCAAGCAAAGGGCAGAAGCAGGCCAGAAAGCACUGGAAAGCUCUCUUCGAUCAGCUGGAUCCUGAAAACACAGGUUAUAUCAGCACAGAGAAAUUUCGGAACCUCCUCCAAAGACAUAGUUCUGAACUGGAUCCACAUAAACUGGAAGUGCUUUUGGCCUUAGCAGACAACAAUUCGGAUGGGAAGAUUUGUUAUCAAGACUUUGUCAACUUGAUGAGUAACAAGAGGUCCAAUAGCUUCCGCCAGGCCAUUUUGCAAGGGAACAGGAGGCUAUGCAGCAAGGCCCUCCUGGAGGAGACAGGACUCAGCCUUUCUCAGCGGCUGAUUCGACACGUGGCAUAUGAGACGUUACCCCGUGAGAUAGACCGGAAGUGGUACUACGACAGCUAUACCUGCUGUCCUCCACCUUGGUUCAUGAUUGCCAUCACAAUUGUAGAGGUUGCCUUCUUUCUUUACAACGGAGUGGUCCUGGAUAGAUUUGUGUUGCAAGUCACCCAUCCCUUCUAUCUGAAGAAUUCAUUAUUAUAUCAUCCUCAACUCCGUGCCCAGGCCUGGAGGUACCUCACCUACAUCUUCAUGCAUGCAGGGAUAGAACACCUUGGACUCAACGUAGUCCUUCAGCUUCUGGUUGGAGUUCCUCUUGAAAUGGUUCAUGGUGCGACAAGGAUUGGAUUUGUCUAUAUUGCCGGAGUGAUCGCAGGUUCCCUGGCCGUAUCCAUUGCUGAUAUGACUGCACCUGUUGUGGGUUCAUCUGGAGGGGUGUAUGCGCUUAUUUCUGCUCAUUUAGCCAAUAUAGUAAUGAACUGGUCUGGAAUGAAGUGUCAAUUCAAGCUGCUGCGCAUGGCCGUUGCCUUGAUCUGCAUGAGCUUUGAAUUUGGAAGAGCUGUAUGGUUGAGAUUCUACCCAUCUGCUUAUCCUCCAUGCCCUCAUCCCAGUUUCGUUGCCCACCUAGGUGGGGUGGGUGUUGGAAUCACCCUUGGCGUGGUCAUUCUAAGGAACUAUGAGCAGAGACUUCAAGAUCAAUCAGUAUGGUGGAUCUUCGUUUCCAUGUAUAUGGUGUUUGUUCUCUUUGCCAUCUUCUGGAACAUUUUUGCCUACAGCCUGUUGGAUCUAAAACUACCUCCACUUCCUUAAGAGCUUGGGCUAAACAGCAGACAAAGAAGUGACUUCCCAUCUUCCAGCUUCAUGGGCAAAUAAUAAUAAUAACAAUGAAACCAGAGGAUUUAUUUUUUUAUGAAUGUGACAGGAGGGGAAUGUAUCCAAGUUCUGGAAUGACAUGCACUGAGGGGGACUAUACGUGCUGAUGGGAAAUGAAUAUUAAGGACGACUCCAUGGAUCCUUGCUUGGAAGAUGUUUGGGCAAUGGAAAUUUACAGGUACCAUGAUCUUUAGGAGCCACACCUUGUGCCCUUUGCUCAUAUAACCAGUUUGGUGCUGUACUCCAAAGGAAGAUUCAGCCCCCUGGAUGCUUAGCCCAAUACAUGUGGGUGAAAUGUUCAUUCACCCAGUCAAGGCUCAUCUGGGUGGUUUGUCUUUUUCAGCAUUCACAGUUGGAAACUUUAGAAGAGCUUUCCUUAGCUGAUGUCCUCCAGAUGCGUUGUGCUAUAAACCCAUCACUUUGGUUCAAGAUGAUAGGAGCUGUAAUCUAUUACGUUUGAUUACGCCAGACAAUCUUCCGUCCAUUUGGAAAAUAUAUUCCUUUCUUUAGUGGAUGGGUUGCAACACGGGGCAAAAGAAAGCCUUGGAGACCACGUAUGUCAUAUGACAUGCCAGUCCAGUAUCCAUUUUGUAGCUCUAUAGAGCCACAAACCCUCUUAAGUCCAAAUAUUUUAGCUUUUCCUCCGUUUGUCGAGUUUUCUGGAGAAUUAAGAGGGAAAAAUAAAUGGAGGAUUCUGAUUUUAGAUGUUCUCUCAUGACCACUUGCAGAGACUGGUUUUCAGCUAAAGAAUCAACCAAAUCACACUGAAAUAUUUGAAGGUGCUUUAGUCUGCUUAUAAAAUUCAGCUGCCUAUUUCAUUGGUUUUUUUUUAUUGUUUGUGGCUGGGUUUUUAGUCAUCACAGACUACUUGAAACUGUUGAAUCUUACAGUAACUAUAUUAUUUCCUUUGGGGCUUUGGUCCUUCUGUUUAUUUUAAAGCAGAAUCUGCUCCUUGGAUAAGGAUUGUUAGAUGGUCUACUUUCUAAAAGAAUUCUUUCAGAAUUUCGCAACCCAUUAAACAAUGUAAUAGAUAUUCUUGAUGUUUAGCUGCCUUUAACAAGCUCUGCUGCAGUCUUCUGUAUUUGCAAGAUCUUGAUCUACCAAUUUUGGAAGAAAUAGAUGCGCUCCCCGGACAAAACAUUCUACCAAUUUUGGUUUGCAAAAUACAGGUUUGUUCUUUUUUGCCUCUUGUGAAUGCAAUCAGCAAAAUUGUAAUGAUGUUUUGUUAAGUGUUCACAUAUAUUUUAUUGCAGCCAUUCUCAACCUGACGGUCUCUAAAUACGUUGGGAUUCAGCAGGCCCAAAGGAAUUCUGGGAACUGAAGUCUAAGUCUGGUAUUUUUUAAUCUACGCACAAUGCUGAAAAUGCUGGCCCUGUAGAGGUGGUUUUAAAAAGUCCAUAUGGAGGGGCCAGCUGCAUGAUCAAAGCCCUGCCUCCUUUUUUCAUGCAGCAAAAAAAACCAAGCAGAGUUUCUGUUGAGUUGUCACACCUACCAUAUUGACAUUGUACACUUGCCCUGUGAACAUCUGUGGAGAAAGUUGAAGGAAUCUGGUUUAUUCAGGGCUACCAAAUUUAGGUGAGAAAUCCAGAUAACUAGAUUGCAGUAAGGAGCUCCAGAGAACUUUUAACUGCCUUCUAUUGUUUAGGAGUCCUCUGUUCACCUGGAAUUCUGAGCGUUGUGGUCUCAUUAUAGUUGAGGACAUGAGACCGGGGAGAAUUGCUUUAAUGGAUCAGGGAUGUGUUUAACAGUAGUACCUCAA